CUUAUGGGUUGAUAGGAAUUAAUCCUAUGUUCUAGGGCUCACCACAGUGUACCAAAGAUAUGGUCGAUAACUGCCAGAUACAAUGCUGGUACCCACAGUUUAAGAAAAUCACAUUUAAGGUAAAAAUUAUCGAACUUCCUUCUGAAUUUCGAAAUUAUUUGGAGGAAGAUGGGGUGUUUAUGCCUCAAAAUUAUUAUGUUGAAGAUGAUCAAGACUCAAAUUCAGAUGAAGAGUCGAUAGAGAGUGAAGAUAAAACACCGAAGUAUGACUUCUCAGCUCUUGAAGAGGAGAUCAAAGCAACAGUUGAUGAAUAUGAUGAGAAAGUCUUUAUCAAACUCAACUGGAGCGCUCCAAGAGAUGCUAAUUGGCUCGUCCCAAACUUGCAUUGUGAGAGCACGCAAGAAAUUUAUAGUCUGCUUAAGUCAUCAGUCUUUAUCUCACAUGAUGUCUCAGCUGCUUACCAAGGUUGAGUUGAUCAUGAAGGAAACUCAGCUCCUGAGAAAUUAUAUCUUGCUUUAAAGAAAUAUCACCAUAAUGUUCGAACUCAUCGAGAAAAUGAAUUCAGAUGUUUUGUAAAAGAAAAUACUCUUAUCUGAGUUACCCAAAGAGACACCCAAGUAUACUAUCCCUCUUUAGAAACUCAGCUCGAGCAGUUUAAGCCUUUAAUAUUGGACUUUUUCAAUGACCACCUCCAAGGACACUUUGCAGAUCCAAGUUUUGUGUUUGAUAUUUACAUCGAUAUUCCUCCAAACAACAAAGUCUGGUUGGUCGACUUCAACCCAUGGCAUUCCAAAACAGACCCUGGGCUUUUAGAUUGGAGUGAAGUCAUGGCACAUCCUACUUCAGACCCUGUGGAGUGGAGGAUCAUCACUGAAGAAACUGGAGUCAGAGCCAAUGAGAUGUCUCAAUACAAGGUGCCUGCAGAGAUCGUUGAAGCCCCCAACUCAGACGAAGUCAAGCAGUUCUUCGACGACAUGAGGGGUGCCACUUCAGAAUAAUUGUUCAAUUUUGGGGGAGUAAUUA